AUGGGUCUUCAUAGUUACACAAUGGAAAUGAAUCGUUUCGGUGAUUUGACUCAUGAAGAAUUCAAGAAACAAAUGAAUGGAUUUAAGAUGAAUGCUAACGUCGAUCAAAGUAAAUAUGAUCGUCAUAUGUUUUUGGCUCCAUCAAAUGUUGUUAUUCCCGAUCAAGUCGAUUGGCGCAAAGAAGGAUAUGUUACUCCUGUUAAAGAUCAAGGCCAAUGUGGAUCAUGUUGGGCUUUUUCAGCUACUGGUUCACUCGAAGGUCAAACAUUUGCUAAAACCAAAACACUUCCUUCACUAUCUGAACAACAAUUGGUCGAUUGUUCGAGCAAAUUUGGUAACGAGGGAUGUGAUGGUGGAUUGAUGAAUAAUGCCUUUGAAUAUAUCAAACAGAACAAUGGUAUAGAUUCCGAAAAGAGUUACCCAUAUCAAGCCUAUGAUGGAAAAUGCCGUUUCAAACCAGAAGAUGUUGCUGCCACUGAUAUUGGCUUCGCUUAUGUUAAGGAAAAAAAUGAAACCGACCUUACGAUUGCAAUUGCUACAGUCGGUCCUAUUUCAGUCGCUAUUGAUGCUUCGCAAGAUUCAUUCCAAUUUUACUCGGGCGGUAUCUAUAAUGAACCAAUGUGCUCAUCGACUGACCUUGACCAUGGUGUGUUGGCUGUUGGAUAUGGCAGUGAGGGAAAGAAACAUCCAAUUGAUUAUUAUAUUGUAAAGAACUCAUGGGGUGAAGGAUGGGGUGAUGAUGGUUAUAUUUUAAUGCUUCGAAACUCAAACAAUCAAUGCGGUAUAGCCACUAUGGCCAGUUAUCCAUUUGUUUAA